CCAAUGGUGAUGCCUCGCAGAUGAACCGCAAGUUAGCGAUCCAGCUAGAAAUUUAUUCUAAGUCUAUGAUAUACCAUAUAUGAUAUAUAUGAUUACCUUGGUCAGUGUUGGUGGGCCACCAUGAAUGCAUAAACAAUUACAUCGUCAUACAAUGUCGUACAAUCUACGUAGUCAAAGGGAACUAUAAGUUAUAACCGAGACAGAGAGAUUGAGAAAGUUGAUUCCGACAUCGAUUGUUAUGAAUAUGAAUAUUGUUAUUUUAGUGCUGUGUUUUUGUCUUAUAAAACUGUCAAGUACAGUCAAGUACUCGAAGUCUAAGGCUACUCAAAGGAAUCUUCUUCUUAUUGUUGCUGACGAUGCCGGAUUCGAGACAAGUGUUUAUAACAACACGGUAUGCUACACACCGAACCUUGACAAGCUCGCUAAGAGGAGUGUUGUCUUCGACAGGGCCUUCACGUCUGUCAGCAGCUGUUCCCCUAGCAGGUCUGCCAUUCUCACAGGUCUUCCACAGCAUCAGAAUGGCAUGUAUGGUCUUCACCAGCAAUUGCAUCAUUUCAACACUUUUGAUAAUGUACAGAGUGCCUCAAAAAUACUCUCUGAUGCUGGCAUACAUACAGGUAUAAUUGGCAAGAAACAUGUCGGUCCAGAGACAGUCUAUCCAUUUGAUUUUGCCCAGACAGAAGAGAAUAAUUCCAUUUUGCAAGUCGGACGAAACAUCACUCACAUCAAACUGCUUGUGAGGCACUUUCUCAGUGAAGCUGCAUCUAGACCAUUCUUCUUAUAUGUAGCAUUUCAUGACCCACAUCGCUGCGGCCACACCAAUCCUCAAUAUGGCCAAUUCUGUGAGAAAUUUGGGAAUGGAGGUUCAGGCAUGGGUAUCAUUGAAGACUGGAAGCCUGUUCAAUACAGCCAAGAUGAAGUUGUGGUACCAUAUUUCACCCCGGAUACGCCAGCAGCAAGACAAGACAUUGCUGCACAGUACACCACAAUCAGUAGACUGGAUCAAGGUAUAGGGCUAGUGAUGAGUGAACUAGAAAUCGCAGGAUAUUUGGAUAACACACUUGUCAUCUAUACAUCAGACAAUGGAAUUCCAUUUCCUAGUGGAAGAACGAAUCUUUAUGAACCAGGAAUGGCAGUACCUAUGAUGAUAUCGUCACCCGUCAAUCGCGCGCAUUGGGGACAGCGCAGCAGUGUGCUCUCAAGCACUGUUGACAUUCUGCCGACUGUACUGGAAUGGUUCCGUGUUCCUUAUCCCGACUACUACAUCUUCAAAAAGGGCAGGAAGGUCGUACUGACUGGAGAGUCUCUCAUGCCGCUCCUUCAUGGAAGCAGCACGUUCGAGUCACAGUACAGAGUGAAGCGGCUGUCUGAGCGACUGCAUGGGCCAAGUCCUUUGGCUGACCCUGUGUGCACUAAUGGCUGCGUGUAUGCCAGUCAUAACUUGCACGAGGUGACGAUGUAUUAUCCAAUGCGUGUUCUCAGGCAGGUGCGGUAUAAGCUCAUACACAACCUGAAUUAUCACGCGCCGUUUACCAUCGAUCAAGACUUUUACUUAUCGCCAACAUUUCAGGAUAUUCUCAACCGAACAGAGAGAGGGGAACCGACCCAAUGGUAUAAAACAUUAAGGGAGUAUUACCAUAGGCCUGAGUGGGAGUUAUUCGACGUUAGUAACGACACGACAGAGGUACAGAAUCUUGCUUACAAUGCUGAAUUCUCAGCUAUUUUCAAACGAAUGCAACGUGCACUAAAUGUUUGGCAAAACGUGACAGAUGACCCAUGGAUAUGCUCACCAGAUGGCGUGUUAGAGAACGCUGGAAAUUAUAAGAAGAAACCACAGUGUAUGCCAUUACUUGAUAAAGUGGUCAAUGCAAAGAUAGAAUUGUAAAUACGUUACUGAACAAGCUGUAAUGGCAUUACCUCCGCCAAGGUGGUUAUGUUUUUGCCCCUGUUAGUUUGUUGGUUUGUCUGUCCACAGGAUGUCUUAAAAUAUUUUUUGGAUGAGUAGGUAUUGGGCCAACGACCAUACGAUUAGAUUUUGGUGGUGAUCCGGAUUUUUUUUUUUGGUGGAGAAGACCUCGGAUGCAUUCAAAAUUCAUUAAAAAAAUCCGGGAUCUUUUUUUUUAAAUUUCUGAAAAUGCCAUCAAACUAUAUUAGGUGUACCAGCAAGAUGGGGGGGGGGACUAUUACGUCACUGUGGCAAAGGUUUGCUAUCUCCGAUUGCUCUUGUUUUAUUAUUAAUAUGAGUCCAUAUGUUACUACGUUGAUAAAAUAUAUAUAUAUAAAGAGAGAGAAUCUAGAAGAUUCUAUAUUCUUUUAAUAUUAAUUGGAGUCCGUGUGUUUCUACGUUGACAAUAUAUAUAUAUAUAUAUAUAUAAUACAGGA